AUGUGUGGCCCCGAAGUGGUGCCCAGGGCGCUCGCGGGGACAAUUGCUGCGCCCCUCGUCGAGCAGGACCGCCAAGGCCUCGAGCGCCUCCCCUUCUCCGGCGAGGGCCCCCUCGGCACCUUCUGGGACUGGAACUGCGGCCUGAGCUGCCGGACCGAGGCCCUCCCGCCGCCUAGCUGGGUGCCCGCGCACCUCCGCACGCACAGCCGCACCGUCCGCGUGCACUACGUGGCCCAUGGGCCGGUGGACGCGCCCCCCCUCGUCCUGGUGCACGGGUUCGGCUCCAGCGCCUACCACUGGCGGUACAACAUCCCGGAGCUGGCGCGCGAGUACCGCGUGUACGCCCUGGACCUCGUGGGGUUCGGCUGGAGCGACAAGCCCCUCGGAGACUUCCGGUACGGCGCGGAGACGUGGGCGGAGCAGCUGCGGGCCUUCAUCAGCGACGUGGUGGACCCGACGGGGGCGCGGCCGCCCGUGCUGGUGGGCAACUCGCUCGGUGGGUUCGCCUGCCUGCACCUGGCGCGGACGGUCCCGGCCGCGGUGCGCGGGCUGGUGCUGAUCAACAGCGUGGGGCACUACUCCACGCGCGAAGAGGACCUCGCCAAGGCGAGGACCGCGCGCGGCAGGCUCCGCAACGCCGUCGGGCCCGUCCUGGGCGCCUUCCGCGGCGUCGCGCUGGCGCUGGCCUUCAUGCGGACCAAGCGCCCGGAGACCAUCAAGAGGGUGCUGCAGGCGGUGUACACGAACCCGCGGAACGUCGACGACGAGCUCGUCGCGUCCAUCGUGCAGCCCGCGGAGCACCCGCACGCCGAGCAGGUCUUCCAGCGCAUCAUCAACGCUGCUGCCGAGGACGCGCGCAGCGGGACGAUGGAGGAGGCGCUCGCGAGCGUGACGUGCCCGAUGCUGCUCCUCUGGGGCCUCAACGACCCCUGGAUCUCCCGUGACAAGCUCGCGUACAUCCAGCAGCGCGUGCCGGACUGCGCGGUGGCCGGAAUCGACGCCGGGCACUGUGUCCACGACGAGGCGCCGCGGGAGGCCAACGCGUCGAUGCUGACGUGGCUGGCGGCCCUCGACGGCGCGUCGCGGUGA